ACCCGCCAAUUAAUGCUCCUUCGGGACCAGCGCCUCACUUCAAUGCGAAGAACCAAAAAGGACUCUGCAGUCUGGAGACUGGAGAGGGAAAAAAAAGAAAGAGCAGCAGCGCAGCGGAAGCAGAGCGCGAGGAAGGAGGCGGACUUGCUCGACUGGGAUCCCCCGCCAGGGGUCCACAUGGCGGCGGCGCCUUGAGCGGUGGAGCCGGGCCCUCCCACCAGCGACGCCGGCGGCCGCGACGUCCCGAGAUGCCGCCGCGGGGACCGGCGGCGCUGCUGCUGCUCCUCCUCCUCGUGCUCUGUGCAGUGCAACUCGGAACAUCAAGCUCUACAACUACAAGUCUUGCAUCAUACUUAUUCGGAUUCUGGAGUAGAACCCAUCAGCAUCGCUUUCCUGCCCUAGCCCCUGGCCCGGCCCCUUCUCCCCAACCUCAAGGCCCCAUUAUUGCUCACCCAGUGCAUAGGCAUCACAGAAGAAGGCAUCAUGCUUCCCCACCACCUUCAUCGAUUUCGCCAGAAAGACAAGAUUGCAGCAGAACAACUUGUUCUGCUCCACUUACGUCGACUCCAAUUGGUUCACCCUGUGGUUGUGUAUAUCCUAUGCAAAUUCAGCUUGAUCUUGGCGUGGCACCUUAUCAAUUAUUUCCCAGAAUCGAUGAGUUAGAAAUUGAGGUUGCAGCAGGUACAUUCCUGAAACAGAGUCAAGUUCGGAUAAUGGGUGCUGGGAGUAGUCUUCAAGAUCCUGAAAAGACAACAGUAACCAUCGAUUUGGUGCCAUUAGGCCAGAAAUUUGAUAGGACUUCAGCCUUACUGAUUAGCAACAGAUUUUUGCAAAAGAAGGUUCCAAUAAACUCAUCCGUUUUUGGUGACUAUGUUGCUACAUAUGUUCAUUAUCCAGGCCUUCCUUCUUUAGUACCUAUUCCUGGAUCCUUGGGUCCAGUAAGCAGUAACGAGGACCCUUUUGGUGCAAAUAUACACAAUAGAAGCCAUCACAAGAUUAACUCUAAAAUGGUUGCCAUAAUUGCUCUGUCAGCUGUGGUUUUUAUUUUGACGUGCUUGGCCAUUGGCAUCGUAUGGAGAUUCAAUGGACUUAAACAUUCUCAUGCUAUGGGCCCUAUUUCAAGUUCUUCCAUCACUAGAAAAGGAGCUAUGAGGUCAUCGUUCUCUGGUACAAGCAGCUCGGCAGCAUCAUUUGCUUCAACAAUAGGAACCUGCCCAUCCACCGUAAAGACAUUUACAAUAACUGAGCUUGAGAAGGCUACAGAAAACUUCAGCUUCAGCAAAAUAAUAGGCGAAGGGGGUUAUGGACGUGUUUAUCGUGGUGUAAUUGAAGAUGGUGUUGAGGUUGCUGUCAAAUUGCUCACAAGGAAACAUCACAACAGAGAUCGCGAGUUCAUUGCAGAGGUUGAGAUGCUAAGUCGGUUACAUCACCGCAAUCUUGUCAAGCUGAUUGGUAUAUGCAUUGAACGGAGCACGAGGUGCUUGGUAUUUGAGCUUGUUCCAAACGGAAGUGUUGAAUCUCAUCUACAUGGUUCAGAUAAAAUAUAUGGCCCGAUUGAUUUUGACACUAGAAUGAAAAUAGCCCUCGGCGCAGCAAGGGGACUAGCCUAUCUGCAUGAGGACGCCAACCCUCAUGUCAUUCACCGGGAUUUCAAGGCUAGCAAUGUUCUAUUGGAAAACGAUUUCACCCCCAAGGUUGCUGAUUUUGGGCUGGCAAAGGAAGCGUCAGACGGGAUGGAUCAUAUUUCUACUCAGGUCAUGGGGACUUUCGGGUACGUUGCCCCAGAGUAUGCGAUGACAGGGCAUCUGCUUGUCAAGAGCGACGUCUACAGCUACGGUGUGGUGCUCCUCGAGCUGCUGUCAGGCCGAAAACCCGUGGACAUGACCCAGCCACCGGGGUCCGAGAACCUGGUCACCUGGGCGCGCCCGCUCCUCACCACCCGGGAAGGACUGCAGCGGCUGGUGGACCCGUCGCUCCCGGCUGGUUACGACUUCGAGAAGCUGGCCAAGGCGGCAGCCAUCGCGUCCAUGUGCGUGCACGUCGAGGCGUCGCACCGGCCGUUCAUGGGCGAGGUCGUGCAGGCGCUGAAGCUGAUCCACAGCGGCGGGGGCGGCGACGAGACCUGCAGCGGCUCCUUCGGGGGCGGCGCGACGGAGGAGUCCCCGUGGAACGACGUCAGCAGGAGCACGUGGAACGACGACGACCCGCCGGCCACCCCGGGCCCCGCGCUCCCCCUGGGCUACGGCUCGGACCCUGCCGGCGCCGACGAGCGGAGGCCACGGUCGGCGUCGAGCGCGGUGCUGGACAAGAUCGAGUCCCUGGCGAUGUACGACUGGUCGGGCCCGCUGCGCACCAAAGGGAAGCACAGCUUCUACAGGCUGAGGGGGAGCAUGAGCGAGCACGGUCGCCCUUCGGACGACGGCAGCGUCGAAGGUUACUUGAUGUAGCCGGCUAGCCGGCGGCCCGGCGACCACCGUCCGCAGCAGAUUGCCGCGGCAGGCAUGGCUCGCGUUUCUUGUCUCGGUCUAGAAUUGUAUAGCUGCUGCAGUUGACGAGAUUUUGGUGGUGCCUGUUGCGAAGAACACAUCGUUCUGGACAUCUGACGUAUUCGAUGCAUUUUGGCCCGGAGAUGUUAAAUUCUCAGGAAUUUUUAACAUAUAUAGGACGAGCGAAAAAUCGAGGUUGUCAGAAA